CGGCAGUCACCGGUGCGGAGGACGCUCAGGGUUGAGAGGGGAGGAGAAGGUAGAAAUGGCGGAAGGCGACAAGUUCGAGGCAGCGGCGUCGUCUGGGCCUUUGGGGGAGGCCGAGGAGGCGGCGGCAGCGGCCGCCAACGACCACGAGGAAGAAGCGGGCGGAGGAGCCAUGCCCGAGAGCGGCGACGGCGGCGCCAAUGGCGUUAAAAUGGAAAACGAUGAAACAGGAAAGGAUGAGUCCGCACCUGUCAAACCAAAGUAUAUUUCAAAGCCGAAAGCAAUCCCAUCUCUUGGACACAGGAAUAGGUUCCAUCCAUAUGCAAAGGAGAAGAGUGCAGGGACUGGAGAGAAGAAAACCAUUAACCGUAACCGAGUAUUCAUUAGCAACAUCCCAUAUGACAUGAAAUGGCAGUCUAUUAAAGAUCUUAUGAGAGAGAAAGUUGGUGAGGUUACAUACGUGGAGCUGUUUAAGGAUGCAGAAGGAAAAUCAAGGGGCUGUGGUGUGGUUGAAUUUAAAGAUGAAGAAUUUGUCAAGAAGGCCUUGGAAACUAUGACUAAAUACGAUCUUAAUGGAAGACCACUCUACAUAAAAGAGGAUCCAGAUGGUGAGCAUGCUCGCAGGGCUUUGCAGCGUGGUAGUGGACCUUUCACAGGAGGACAUGGCCCAGAUGUAGCACCUGGCUUGAUGAAUUUGCCACCUUCUAUUCUUAAUAAUCCAAACAUUCCUCCUGAGAUUAUCAGUAAUCUUCAGGCUGGUAGGCUUGGGUCCACCAUUUUUGUUGCCAAUCUUGAUUUCAAAGUUGGUUGGAAGAAAUUAAAGGAGGUGUUCAGCAUUGCUGGGACAGUGAAACGAGCAGACAUUAAAGAAGACAAAGAUGGCAAGAGUCGAGGAAUGGGAACAGUGACCUUUGAACAGCCAAUCGAAGCUGUUCAGGCAAUAUCAAUGUUCAAUGGACAGUUCCUGUUUGAUAGACCAAUGCAUGUUAAAAUGGAUGACAAAUCAGUUCCUCAUGACGAUUUCCGUGUAGCAGACAGUAAAACAUCACAGUUGCCCCGUGGUCUUGGAGGCAUUGGAAUGGGACUUGGACCUGGUGGGCAGCCCAUAAGUGCAACCCAGCUGAGCAUGGGUGGCGGAAUGGGAAGCGUGGCUCAAGGAAUGGGAGUAGAUGGACCAGGCUUUGGAGGAAUAAAUAGGAUGGCUGGAGGUGCUGGUGGAUUUGGUGGCAUGAAAGGAAUGGCAAACAUGGGAGGAUUUGGUGGAGUCAACCGAAUGGGAGGAAUGGGCAGUGUGGAUGACUUCAGAGGGAAUAUUGGCACUGGAAUGACUGGUGGCAUAGGAACAGGCAUGGGAGGCAUGGCAACAGGUAUGGGAGAAAUGUUCCGUGGUGGAAUGGGUGGAAAUAUCGAUAGAGACUUCGGUCGGAGUGAUAUGGCUAUGAACCGUGGUUUUGCAGACUCAUUUGGAAGAAUGGGUGGUGCAAUGGUUGGUGGUUUUGCAGGAGCAAUGGGAGCUUCUAAUAUGGGCCCAGUAGGAUCUGGAAUGAGUAGUGGAAUAAGUGGUAUGAACAGCAUGACUGGAGGCAUGGGCAUGAGCAUGGGCAUGGAUCGGAUGAACUCCACUUUUGAUCGAAUGGGGCCAACCAUGGGAACUGGUCUGGACAGAAGUAUUGAUAUGGAUAGAGGAUUUGUACCUGGCCCAAUGGGAAGUGGUGUGAGAGAUCGAAUAGGCUCCAAAGGCAACCAAAUAUUUGUCAGAAAUCUUCCAUUUGACCUGACUUGGCAGAAGCUUAAGGAAAAAUUCAGUCAAUGUGGUCAUGUAAUGUUUGCAGACAUAAAAAUGGAAAAUGGAAAAUCGAAAGGCUGUGGGACAGUCAGAUUUGACUCUCCAGAAUCAGCAGAAAAGGCCUGUAGAAUAAUGAAUGGCAUAAAAAUCAGUGGCAGAGAAAUUGAUGUACGUUUGGAUCGCAUUGCAUAAUUUAUAAUUACUUAUUGAGGAACAUUCCUUUUGUCAGUUUAGCUUGUCUCCCCCACCCCACUCUCUAGAAGUUGUUUUUAGUAACAUUGUAUGCUUUAUUUGAGUUGGAAGAAAACUUUUAAAACCCACCAGCCUUCAACAGUAUAGUGUUUAAUAUACUGUGAACUUGUUAUCUGACUCUUAAUGAAAUUUGGUUUUUGAAGAGAACUUUCUUGACCUGUUCAGUGGUAUUAAUCUCCACAUCUUCUCUAGAAGUCUGGAAGCUGUGGCUAUUUAAUACCUUUCUAAAAUCAUGCUAAGUGUCUCUGGUCAUUCAGUUUAAAUGGAUGGUUCUACUGUUUUUAAUAAAACAAGCCAUUUUCUCUGUUUAA